UUUUCUGUUUACUCAAUUUCACCCUUAUACAUCUACCUAACAAAAGAAAAUCCACUAAGUUGCUACCUUUUUUUCCUCAACCAUAUGAAGCCUUUUUCUCUCAACAUGUUACAAGUAUUUUGGUUUCUUGUCAUUCCUUUAAACUCACCAUGGUUGUGCCAAAACACAGUUGUGUAUGCAAAUGCAAUGCUAGGAAAUGAGACAGAUCAUUUGGCAUUGCUCAAAUUCAAGGAAUCAAUAUCUAGUGACCCUUAUGGAAUCAUGAAAUCUUGGAAUAGUUCCAUCCACUUCUGCAAGUGGCAUGGAAUCUCAUGCUACCCCAUGCAUCAAAGAGUUGUGGAGUUGAACUUACAUGGGUACCAGUUGUAUGGACCCAUACUUCCUCAACUUGGAAACCUCUCUUUUCUAAGAAUCUUAAAACUUGAAAACAACAGUUUCAAUGGAAAAAUCCCACGGGAGUUGGGUCAUUUGUCACGACUAGAGGUACUCUAUCUCACUAACAACUCAUUGGUUGGAGAAAUUCCUUCAAACUUGACAAGUUGCUCUGAGCUCAAAGACCUUGACUUGUCAGGGAACAAUCUCAUUGGUAAAAUACCAAUUGAAAUUGGCUCUCUUCAGAAGCUUCAAUACUUUUAUGUUGCAAAAAACAACUUAACAGGAGAAGUCCCACCAUCCAUAGGGAAUCUUUCAUCCCUGAUUGAGCUCUCGGUCGGUUUGAACAACUUAGAGGGAAAGAUUCCACAAGAAGUUUGUAGCCUCAAAAACUUGUCACUGAUGUCAGUGCCUGUCAACAAAUUGUCUGGUACACUUCCUACUUGUCUUUACAAUUUAUCAUCUCUUACUUUAUUCUCAGUUCCAGGCAAUCAAUUUAGUGGUUCUCUUUCACCCAACAUGUUUCACACACUUCCUAAUCUCCAAGGAAUUAGCAUUGGUGGGAAUCUAUUUUCUGGUCCAAUCCCCAUUUCCAUCACAAAUGCAACUGUCCCUCAAGUUCUUAGUUUUUCUGGGAACUCUUUCACAGGACAAGUUCCAAAUCUAGGGAAGCUAAAGGAUCUUAGGUGGCUAGGUUUGUCUGAAAACAAUCUAGGUGAGGGAAAUUCAACUAAGGAUCUGGAGUUUUUAAGAUCACUGACAAACUGUAGUAAGUUGCAAAUGUUAUCUAUAUCCUACAAUUAUUUUGGAGGUAGUUUGCCGAAUUCAGUGGGCAAUUUAUCCAUCCAACUUAGCCAACUAUAUCUUGGGAGUAAUCUGAUAUCAGGAAAAAUUCCUAUAGAAUUAGGAAAUUUAAUUAGCUUAGCGCUCUUGAACAUGGCAUAUAACUACUUUGAAGGGACUAUUCCAACUGUUUUUGGCAAGUUCCAGAAGAUGCAAGCAUUAAUUUUGAGUGGAAAUAAACUGGUAGGAGAUAUACCAGCCUCCAUAGGCAACCUCACUCAAUUGUUUCAUUUGCGUUUAGCACAAAAUAUGCUGGGAGGAAGUAUUCCCAGGACCAUAGGAAAUUGCCAAAAGUUACAACUUCUAACCCUUGGGAAAAAUAACCUUGCAGGAACCAUACCCUCAGAGGUUUUUAGCCUUUCCUCACUAACAAAUUUGCUGGACUUAUCACAGAACUCCUUGAGUGGUAGUUUACCAAAUGUAGUGAGCAAGUUAAAAAAUCUUGAGAAGAUGGAUGUCUCUGAAAAUCAUCUGUCUGGUGAUAUUCCUGGAAGCAUUGGAGAUUGCACAAGCUUGGAGUACCUUUAUUUGCAAGGGAAUUCUUUCCAUGGAAUCAUACCCACCACUAUGGCUUCACUGAAAGGUCUUAGACGUUUAGACAUGUCACGAAACCACUUAUCUGGAUCAAUUCCUAAAGGUCUGCAAAAUAUUUCUUUCUUGGCAUACUUCAAUGCAUCAUUUAACAUGUUGGAUGGAGAGGUACCAACUGAAGGUGUCUUCCAAAAUGCAAGUGAGUUAGCAGUGGCUGGAAACAAUAAACUUUGUGGAGGUAUUCCACAGUUGCAUCUACCAUCAUGUCCUAUCAAUGCUGAAGAGCCUACAAAACAUCAUAAUUUCAGGCUGAUAGGAGUGAUAGUUGGUGUGUUAGCUUUUCUACUCAUACUGCUAUUUAUACUCACUUUUUAUUGCAUGAGGAAAAGAAACAAGAAACCAACUCUUGAUUCACCAGUAACUGACCAGCUGCCUAAGGUUUCAUACCAAAACCUACACAAUGGAACUGAUGGGUUUGCAGGUAGAAACUUAAUAGGAUCUGGAAAUUUUGGCUCUGUGUACAAAGGAACUCUUGAGUCAGAAGAUGAAGUUGUUGCCAUAAAAGUCCUGAACCUUCAAAAGAAAGGGGCUCACAAGAGUUUCAUUGCUGAAUGCAUUGCACUAAAGAAUAUUAGACAUCGAAAUCUGGUUAAGAUUUUGACAUGCUGUUCCAGUACAGAUUACAAAGGUCAAGAAUUUAAAGCUCUAAUCUUUGAGUACAUGAAAAAUGGAAGCUUAGAAAGUUGGUUGCAUUCAUCAAUAGAUAUUGAAUAUCAAGGUAGAUCCUUAGACCUUGAGCAAAGGUUUAAUAUCAUUACUGAUGUUGCUUCAGCAGUGCAUUAUCUUCACUACGAGUGUGAGCAAACUAUCCUUCAUUGUGAUUUAAAGCCUAGCAAUGUUCUUCUUGAUGAUUGCAUGGUAGCUCAUGUAAGUGAUUUUGGCUUAGCAAGAUUGCUCUCAAGUAUUGGAAUAUCUCUUUUGCAAAGUAGCACAAUUGGAAUAAAGGGGACUAUUGGUUAUGCUCCUCCAGAGUAUGGAAUGGGUUCAGAGGUGUCAAUUGAAGGCGACAUGUAUAGCUUUGGGAUUCUGGUUUUAGAAAUAUUAACUGGAAGGAGACCCACAGAUGAAAUAUUUAAAGAUGGCCAUAAUCUCCAUAAUCAUGUUAAAUUUUCAAUUUCAAAUAACCUAUUGCAGAUUGUGGACCCGACUAUUCUCCCCAGUGAACUCGAAAGGACUGCUGGCAGUGAAAAGCUUGGCCCUGUGCAUCCAAAUGCAGAGAAAUGUUUACUUUCACUUUUUAGGAUUGCACUUGCUUGCUCAGUGGAAUCACCAAAGGAAAGAAUGAGUAUGGUUGAUGUCCUUAGGGAGCUUAAUCUGAUCAAAAGCUUUUCUCCUUUUGAGGUUCGAGGGAGGCUAAGCUAACAACAUUAUUGCUACCUCAAAACACAGGAUGUACGGGUGCAUGCUAUGAUGUUUCAUUUCUAAUUGAAUGCACUUUUUUUCUUCUUUCUAUCCAUCUGAUUCUAUCAUCCAUGCAUGUUUAUUAUGGUUGUAAUAUAGACAAUAUUAUAUUAUAUAAUAUAAUCAAUAUAUAAUUCCCUCCUUAUAAUUCCAAAGCAACCAAA